AUGACGGUAUUGUUAUUUAUGAGCAUGACAUUGAAAUUCUGGCAGAUUUUCGACUACAAAUGGAUAGUUUUAAGUUAUAUAAUAACUGGAAUUUUUGGCUCAGGGGUGCUGUCUGCUGUCAUGGUCUCUUCAUAUGUCACUGAUUCAAUCAAACCACGAGAUCGCGCAACAGCUAUGGGAUAUGUUACUGCCUGUGUACUCACUGGGAAAGCAUUGGGACCACUGAUAAGUAGUCAUGUCAUACGAUGUAUGAAUGGAAAACUAAUUGGAGUGCCGCUAGUGGCAUGUUUGUUUGAUGCUGCAGCUCUAGUCUGGUGGAAAUUUACGCCAGAAUCAAGACAACUCUCUGUCAAUACUAAAUCAAUGCCCAUGUCGAGGAGAGAAGAAGGGUCAGCCCUAUCUCUAGCAUUAGACCGGCUCAAUAUAUUUCGCUCGUUAUACACCAUCAAAAAUAUUGCAGCAUCACAGCCAAAUCCUGCUAGUAAAAAUAUCUUUAUUUUGAUCUCCAUUGAUUUAUUAUUUGAGAUAAUUAUUAGCGGAAGAGCGAACAUUGCUAUUCUGUACCCUGAGAUGAAAUUUGGUUGGACAGCAGUUGAAAUUGGUUAUCUUCAAUCGGCAACUGCCGUUUACAGGAUUGUAUUGUUAGUAUUGUUGAUACCUCACUUCAUAAAACUAUUGCAAAAGUAUUACGAUGAAGAUGAAGAAGAACUUACUGGACAGAUAGCAAUGCAGGAGCACUGCAUUACUCGCAGCCAGAAAGUAAUUAUUGCUAUAGGUAACUGUUUUGAAUGUGUGGGCUAUAUGGGAUAUGGGAUUGCUACCAAAGGCCUGGAAUACUCUAUAUCUUAUUUCAUAUCUACCACUGGCGUGUUUUCUAAACCUGCAGUACAGUCUGGUUUAUUGAAUCUCAUCCCUGCCGACCAAGUAGGAGAGUUCCUUGGCGCAAAGGGUGUUCUUGAUGGAAUCACAGGACUCAUGUUUUCCAGUAUAGGGUUAUCGUUCUACUCCUAUACGGUUGCCCGCAAUCCAGCUAUCAUAUUCUAUGUUUGUACGUUUGGUUAUUUGAUAGUUGUUCUGCUCGCUUCUCGUUUAAGAUUAAAUCGUCAACUCCAUUUGUAA